CUUCUUCAGUCUGAUGCUGCUGCACCCGCUGAGUUUCUCCAGCUUUUUUGUGUAACCAUAGGAUCUUUGGUCCCGCCUAUCCUGCGCCGUGACGUCACCGCCUGUGGGAGGCCGUUGCUUCAGCCGGAAGCUGCAAGAUGGCGGUUUGUUUUUAAAUGUGAAGACGCGGGACACAAAAUGGCGGCGGCGAAUGUGACGCAGCGACAGACGGAUGGGGAUUGGCUAUGGAGACAAGAGAAGAUGCAGCAACAACAACAACAACAACUGGGCAGUGGCUAUGGAGAUAAAAGAUGCAGCAACAGCAACUAGGGGCGGCGGCUGUGGGUUCACAUCCACUCCCUCAUCAUGAUGAUGAUGCUGCCCCACACUGGAGGGUUUAGGAGCCUUUGCUGUGGACGGAGAGACAGGGACGUGAGCGGCUAUUAAGUGCGGCCAUGGUGCCGGUGAGACCCACCCAUCUGCUCGGUGUGCGGGCUGAGCUUCGAGGGGCUGAGCUUCGAUGGAAGACCACAUGACGGGGCACAACAAGGAGAAGCGUUAUGAGUGUGACGUGUGUGGUAAGGCAUGUCAGCGCCCAAAGUGAGCUGGAGGCCCACCGGUGGGUUCACACGGGAGAACGCCCCUUCGAGCGUAGCAAGAGCUUCAAGAUGGCGCAACAGCUGAAGAUGCACCAACUGGUUCAUACUGGCGAGAAGCCCCAUUGCUGCUCUACCUGUGGAAAGAACUUUGCCCAUUCGUCGGGGCUGCGGGAUCACCGGCGGGUGCACAGCAGUGAGCGACCCUUCACCUGCUCUGACUGUGGCAGAGACUUCAAGUCGUCGCCGGAGCUGAAGGUGCACAGGCGCCUGCACACCGGGGAGCGGCCCUACACCUGCAGCGAAUGUGGCAAGAGCUUCACCCGCUCCUACCACCUGCUGUCCCACCAGCGCACCUACACUGGGGAACGCCCCUACACCCAUGCCCAGUGCGGCAAGGGCUUCACCCACUCCUGCAACCUGCUGUCCCACCAGCGCACCCACACCAGCGAGCGCCCCUACACCUGCGCCCAUUGCAGCAAGGGCUUCACCCAGUCCAACAGCCUGCUGAAGCACCAGCGUACCCACACCAGCGAGCGCCCAUACACCUGCCCCCAUUGCGGCAAGGGCUUCACCCAGUCCAGUACCCUGCUGGUGCACCAGCGCACCCACACUGUCGAGCGCCCCUACACCUGCACCCAAUGCGGCAAGGGCUUCACCCGCUCCUCCAAGUUGCUGUCCAACCAGCGGGUGCACGCCGGCGACCGUCCCGUCCCUGGGUCGGUGUGUGGUGAGCGCUUUGCCAUGGCCUCCCAAGCCCUGUCUCACCAGCGCGUGCACACCAGUGGCCAGCCCUACGACUGCCCGUACUGCGGUGAGGAGUUUGUCAGCUCGCGGGAGUUGCGGCAGCACCAGCGGGCCCAUGCUGGUGAGCUGCUGCUCCCACUGUAACAAGCGUUUCAACAGCGCACGGAUGCUGCGGCAGCACUAGCCGGUACACACCGGAGAGAGACUCUUUGUGUGCACUGGGUGUGGCAAGCAUUUCACCCGCAUGUCCAGCCUGUGGCAGCACCGACGUACCCACAGCAGUGAGCGUCCCUUCCCCUGCCCGUCCUGUGGUAAAGGCUUCACCCACCUUGACCACCUGCUGGAGCACCAGCGAGUCCACACCGGCCAGCGCUCCUUCACCUGCCCGCUCUGUGGCAAGGCCUUUGUCUGCCCCUCCAGCCUACUGGCACACCGCCACGUGGAUAGGCGCAGUUUAAGUAAACACAAAAUGCUGGAAGGAAUGGGUAACAUUUCGGGUCAAGACCCUUCUUCAGACUCAACCCAAAACGUCACCCAUUCAUUCUCCCGUGCCGUUGAGUUACUCCAGCAUUUUGUGUCCUUUUUUGAAAACAAGUAUCUGAAGUUCCUUGUUUUUAAACCAUUCUGGUUAACCAUCUCUGCGUGUUCCCCAAAGCUUCCACAUCAGUCCUGUAAUGGAGUGACCAGAACUGCAUGCAAUAUUCCAAAUGCUACCUGACCAAUGUCCCAUAAAGCUGCACAUAUACAUUCCACUCUCCUUAUCUCACAUCCAUAUAACCAUAUAACAAUUACAGCACGGAAACAGGCCAUCUCGGCCCUACAAGUCCGUGCCAAACAACUUUUUUCCCUUAGUCCCACCUGCCUGCACUCAUACCAUAACUCUCCAUUCCCUUCUCAUCCAUAUGCCUAUCCAAUUUAUUUUUAAAUGAUACCAAUGAACCUGCCGACACCACUUCCACUGGAAGCUCAUUCCACACCGCUACCACUCUCUGAGUAAAGAAGUUCCCCCUCAUGUUACCCCUAAACUUCUGUCCCUUAAUUCUGAAGUCAUGUCCUCUUAUUUGAAUCUUCCCUAUUCUCAAAGGGAAAAGCUUGUCCACAUCAACUCUGUCUAUCCCUCUCAUCAUUUUAAAGACCCCUAUCAAGUCCCCCCUUAACCUUCUGCGCUCCAGAGAAUAAAGACCUAACUUAUUCAACCUAUUGAAAAAACCUAUUCAAAACAUCCUUUUAUCUCCUUAUUUUCUCUAGCCUCUGUCACUUACUUCACUCAUCAGCCGAUACGAGGGCGGGCCAUCUGAAGACGGGUCACCUGUCCAUGUUCUCUACAGAUGCUGCCUGACCCGCUGAGUUACUGCAGCACUUUGUGUUACUCACAGAGUGAAACAGUUUGGAUACAGGCCUUUCGGUGCAACUUCCCCACGCCGCACAACAUGUCCUGGUUACACUAGUCCCACCUGCCUGUGUUUGGUCCAUAUCCCUCCAAACUUGACCUAUCCAUGUACCUGUAUAACUGUUUCUUAAACGUUGGGAUUGUCACAGCCUCAACUACCUCCUCAGGCAGCUUGUUCCAUACACCCACGGUGGAAAAAAAUUACCCCUCAGAUUCCUGUAAAAUAUUUUCACCUUCACCUUGAACCCAUGUCCUCUGGUGCUCGAUUCCCCCACUCUGGCAAGCGAUUCUGUGCAUCUAAUUAAAUUGUGUUCCAUGCAAGA